AUGCAUAUGGCUGCCGUUCUUUUUGUACUCUCUGUCCUGUUGAUCAAGGCAGGAGUGUCUGCCCUCCCUACGCCUCGAAACUUUCGUACCCGAGCUUCCCCCACUGCAUUAUCUCCGACCCAACUUUCAAGUUUUGCUCCAUUCACGCAAUUUGCUAGGGCGGCGUAUUGCGAUCCUUCCAAGAUCGAAGGAUGGCAGUGCGGUGAGGCUUGCGAUGCCUUACCAGGCUUUGAGCCAACCUUGACAGGCGGCGAUGCUAAUUCUAUCCAGUUCUUCUUCGUUGGAUUCUGGCCCGACCAGAACACGGUGGUGGUAGCCCAUCAAGGGACUGAUCCAACGAAAAUAAAGUCCGACUUGACGGAUCUCAAUAUUGCCAAGCGUGUAUUGGAUCCUACACUGUUUCCAGGUGUUCCCGAUGGUGUAGAAGUUCACUCGGGUUUUGCUGAUGCGCACGAGAAAACUGCUAGCCAGAUUCUCACCGAAGUGAAGCGACUCAUGGCGACGCAUCGCACAACCAACGUAACACUCAUUGGGCAUUCCUUGGGCGGCGCGCUAGCUGAACUCGAUAGCCUCUUCAUGAAACUUAAUCUUCCCAUGGGAACAACGAUCAAAGGCGUCACCUAUGGAACGCCUCGCGUUGGAAAUUCCAAGUUUGUGACUUUGUUCGACCAGCAGGUAUCCGACUUCACACGUGUAAAUAACAAGAGCGACCUUGUCCCCAUCAUCCCCGGUCGUUUCCUGGGAUUUGCUCAUCCGCACGGCGAAGUCCAUAUAGUGGAGCCCGGGAAUGCCGUAUCAUGUCCAGGAGACGAUGAUGCGGUUGACAGCCAAUGUCAAAUUAAGACUGUAUCAAACAUAUUUGAAGGUAAUAUUCUUGACCAUUUGGGGGCAUACGAAGGGAUAUUUAUUGGCACGCCGUUCUGUACAUGA